AUGGCAGAUCAAAGAGUUUACGACUUUAUCAUCGUUGGAAGUGGUCCGGCUGGAUGUACUCUCGCCGCCUCAUUGGCCAAAUCAUCCAAAAGACCAAAAGUGCUUCUCCUCGAAGCAGGUGGUAGAAAUGAUGACAGCUCACAGCUCGUGGAUGGUAAGCGCUGGGCAACAUUCAUGGGCGACAAAAUGAAUUGGGGAUACAAGACCACCCCACAAGAGCACUGCAGUGGUCGCCAGAUUGAUUAUUCCCGUGGUAAAGGAGUGGGUGGUGGAUCCACCAUAAACUUCGGUAUAUACACAGUCGGAGCACGAGACGACUACAAUCAAUGGGCAGCUCAAGUCUCGGAUGAUACUUUCAGCUGGGACAAUAUGCACACCCGAUUCAAAAACAUUGAGACCUUUUCUGGAGCAAUUGAUGUUCCUGAGAACAGGAAAUUCGCUCAGCCCAAAGCUACCGAUCAUGGCAACAAGGGUGCCUUGCACAUCGGGUAUGCGAAGGAAUGGGAGUCUGAUGUGCCAAUUGUUCUGGAUUCUUUCCAGAAAGCUGGAUUUGAGCAAAACCCUGAUCAUAAUUCUGGCAAUCCUUUGGGAAUCAGUCUUACAAUCAACUCUUCGUCCAAGGGUCGGCGAUCCACAGCUGCUGACCUGCUUGAAGGCGUACCGGAAAACCUGGUCAUCGUCACAGACAGCCCGGUGCAACGAGUUAUCUUGAAUGGCAAGAGAGCUGUGGGUGUGCAGACAGGAGGAAAGAAAUAUUUUGCUUCCAAGGAGAUUAUUCUUUCAGCUGGGUCUCUGGACACUCCAAAGAUCUUGAUGCACUCAGGAAUUGGAGAAGCUACCGAAUUGGAAAGGUUCAACAUCCCAGUCGUUCAGGACAUACCAGCUAUCGGAAAAGGCCUGAAAGAUCAUUUCUUCGUGCCAAUGCUCUUCAAACGGAACCCGACAACAAAUGACCGUAACAAUUUCUACGGGAAUGAAAAGGCAAUGGCUGCAGCCUUGCAACAGUGGGAAAAGGACAGUUCUGGUCCAUGGUCAAAGUACGGCUGUCAAGUUGGAGCUGGAUGGUUCAAGUCCGAUAAAGUUUCCUCUUCCAAGGAAUUCAAGGCCUUGCCAAGAGAUGUACAAAAAUUCAUGAACCUCCCAACCGUCCCGCACUGGGAGAUUCUGUUUGGACUGCCUGCACAUUACAUUUUUCCUGAGCUGUGUGAGGAUUACAGUUACACAUGUGUUUUGACGUUCUUGAUGAAUGAACAAUCCAGUGGCACAGUGUCUCUGCAGUCGUCGAAUCCGAAUGACCCUCUCUUGUUCGAUCCCAAAUUCCUAGAGCAUCCAUUCGACCGACGUGCCUGUAUCGAGAUUCUUAGGGAGACACUCCAGAAGACGGAUCAUCCCGCUUUUGCGAAGGACACUGUUACCACCGUGCUGGGCCCUGCAUCCAACUCAGACGAGGAUCUUUUGCAGCACUGGAGAGACAAUCUCAGCUCUAGCUGGCACAUGACUGGCACAGUCAAGAUGGGCAAGCAGGGCGAAUCAGACAGUGCUGUUGAUCAUCGCUUCCGGGUAUUUGGAAUUGAUAACCUACGUGUGGCGGAUAUGAGCGUUGUGCCUGUUUUAGCAAAUAACCACGUUCAAGCCACAUCGUAUGUGACAGGUGCUACAUGUGCUGAUGUUCUGAUUCACGAGUAUGCAUUGGAUGGAUCGUCGCUCGUUUCUGCUCAUCUUUAG